ACGGACAUGUGCAUAUAUUGGUUUCAUCCCCGCGUCUUAAUGAAAGGACUAAUAGUCUGAUUUGCUGUUAUCUUAUAUUGACACUCUACUCCUCAUCUUCGAAUUCAUCUAUCUCCAGUCCUUCUUUAUUAAACAGACAGCAUCUCACUCACUCACUUCCAUCUUUUCUACACACACAGUCAUUCUCUAUACUGCCAUCCUUAUAAAAUGGGCGUCCUAUCAACCCUCUGGUCCUCCUGCAUCCACCCCCGAAAACAAAACCACCGCCAAAACCAACAACAAGCCAAAGAGCCCCCUCCUUCGUCUUCGUUUACCGCAUCGACUCGACCCCUCCCUCCGAUCCCCGCGUCCGCUCUUCCCCAGAAACCAAGAAAGCUGGUGAAAAAGGCUUCCCAGACUGCUUCGAUCCGAAUUGUUGAGUCCCCGGAACCCGAGGCCCGGCCUGAGUCUGAACAUGAACAUGAAUCCGAGUCUCCUUCAGACGAGAAAGUAGCAGUGCCGUCUAGCCAUGUGUCCGACGAGAAACACAAGCUAGAGAUAUCCUGUGAAGAAGUUCCCGAUAGGAAAGACGAUUCCGAGUCCGAGUCCCCGAAGCAUAUUGCCGACGAGAAAGUCUUCCACGAUGCUGCUGCUGCCGAUAAUAAGGAGCUAAGCCGAGUCCCCAGUGAAUCGACACUGACCGUCGAGUCUGAAUCGCUCCCACCAAUCGAAGAAGACGAUGACGAAGGGCCGGCCAUCACAAGCGAAGAGCAGAAAUUCAUAAACGGGACUGACGAUGAAAGAGACAGCGAGGUUGCGAAGAAGACUUCGUCUGAAGUGCAAGUCCAAGAAAAAAGCAUCUCGCAAAGCACCACCCCCGAGCUCAAACAGAGCGAACUCGAAGACACCACCAAGAAAAUGAUCCUCCCCGCAGCAAAGAAAGACAGCAAGAGCAUCGCGAAAGCCCGCAUGACUCGACGCAAGUCACUCAUUGAGAUGGUCAACCUCGUUCAGUCCGGCACACCGGGCUUGCGAUUCCCCCUGUCCACCCGGCUGUCGAUUAGCCCCUCAUCCUCGACAUCGACUGGGAUCUCGACGACGACGACAAUCGUGGACGAGAACACGGCGACACAGUCAGAGAAGAAGGCGAGGAGGGAACUUUCUGUGCGGGUAGGCGGCGAGUCCGGGGAAGAAAGUCACGAUGGAGAAUCUCUUUUUCGUUCUUAGGCGUUUGGUUGCUGUUUCGGUUUCUUUUGUCUACUAUUCCGUUUGUGCCUUUGUUUGAUUUGACUUCUUCUUUGGAUCUUGGGGGAUGGUGAUGAUGGUUCUAUCUUCUUUUUCUUCCCGGUUGGAAGAUUCGAUUGUAUUCUAUUUGAUAUGUUCGUGUAUACUUAAUUGGUUUAGAGAUAGGGGUGUUCAUAUAUCUUUUAAUGAUAUUAAAUUAUGUCUUGAAGUCUCGAGAUUGAGAAGAAAUUGGUUGUAAACAC